AUGGCCUCUCACCAGCCAACAUCUGAACACAACGUAGGCCCGACCGCGUUGGCCGAGGAGCCCGAGUGCGUGCCGCGCAAUGGCUUCCGACGGAACCGACGCUUGGAAGACAAUCUUUUCGUGCUCACCCAGACCAUCGAGGUGGCACGGAGAGAAACCAGAGGUCUGCUUGGAUGCUUUCUGGAUGUCGCCAAGGCUUAUGAUAGUGUGCCACACGAGGAGUUUUUCCACCAGUUAGACCAACGACAAAUGCCGAGCGUGUGGACAGACUUUCUCCGGCGGCUCUAUGCAGAUAGCUCGGUGGUAGCAUGCUUCAGAGGCACCAGAACACAGCCUGUGAGAGUGACAAGAGGACUCAGGCAGGGCUGCCCUUUGUCUCCGCUGCUAUACAUGCUAUAUGUGGCGGGACUCGAGCAGGCACUCGUGAAAUCGGGAGUUGGCUUCGCGUUCCGCCUCAUGAUUGGUGGGGUGGCGCAGACAUGGACGCUGCCCGGCUUGGUGUUCGCGGAUGAUUUAGUAUUACUGGCUGAGCGCAGCAGUGACCUUCAGAGGUUGGUAACACUGGCGGCUGACCACCUGAAGAGUCUUCCCGACAGAGGAAGCAUUCCGGUAUCAAACCAGUACCGGUAUCUCGGUGUCAACCUUUGCACCUCCGCAGAUAUCUAUGACAAGCAAGAGGAGCACGUUCGACAGACUUCUGUGAGGGCCGCCAACGUGCUGCGACGGCGGAGUCUGUGGGGGUGCAACCGGUUUGUACUGGUGCGCGAACUGUGGAAGGCAGUACAUGUGCUAGUGCUGACAUUCGCCAACGCCGUCAUCUGCCUGUCUGCAGCUACACGCCGGUGGUUGGAAAGAGGUCAACGUGAGGUCGGGCAACUGGCGCUGGCGUGUCAUGGACGUGUGGCUGUCGAAGCUAUACAGGGCGACCUCGGAUGGUCAAGUUACGAGGCACGCGAGGCAAGGAGCAAGGCGGCCUACGAAGGACGUCUUCGCCUCAUGAACGACCAGCGGUGGGCCCGUCGUGUAUUUAGAUACACAGCUAUCAAGGGCAUGAACACACCAUGGCGCAGGCGUCUCCACAAUCUGUGCCGCAAGUACUCCCUUUUUACUGACCCUGUCCAGGAGGACAGUGAGAGGAAAUGGGCAGUAGGAGUACGGAAUAGAGUGCAGGAAGCUGAGACGUCGAUGUGGCAGGCGGCUAUGGAGAAGAAACCCAGCCUGGCCCUAUACAGAGCUCACAAGACCACCAUCUCCGCCGAACGAUUAUACGACAUGUAA